GGAAGGUAGCAGCGGGGGAGCUCCUCCCCUCUAGAGUCCUGGGUCAUCGAGUCUCUAGCCAACUCACCCUCCCCUGAGCCUCACAGGAGACUCUUUGGGAUUUGGAAGUUGUUAUGGCAACGAGGCUCUCAAAAUACUGAGGCAAACCAAAGACUAGAGCGGCGACACCCUCCUACACCCCUCCUUUCGACCCACGGGUAAAGUGGCGCCCCCUACGCACAGGAACCGUCCCUGGGCCCCCGCCCCGGCACGGAGACCUCUGUGGACCUCCGGGGCUGGGAGGCCGCUCUGGCCUCAAGCAGAGCCUCUCGCUGGUAGGCGGGCCCGAGGGAGCCCCUCUGGGCGCAGUGCCGCCGAACUGCUCGAUGCUCCGACCGGAAGUGCUCUUCGCGGCCGGCCUCCCACCCGGCUCUCUGGUCCCGGCGGUAAGAUGGCGGCUGCCGCGGAGUGCGAUGUGGUAAUGGCGGCGACCGAGCCAGAGCUGCUGGACGAUGAGGAAGCGAAGAGAGAAGCAGAGUCUUUCAAGGAACAAGGAAAUGCAUACUAUGCCAAGAAAGAUUACAAUGAAGCUUAUAACUAUUAUACAAAAGCCAUAGAUAAAUGUCCUAAAAAUGCUAGCUAUUAUGGGAAUCGAGCAGCCACCUUGAUGAUGCUUGGAAGGUUCCGGGAAGCUCUUGGAGACGCACAGCAGUCAGUGAGGUUGGAUGACAGUUUUGUCCGGGGACAUCUAAGAGAAGGCAAAUGCCACCUAUCUCUAGGGAAUGCCAUGGCAGCAUGUCGUAGUUUCCAGAGGGCCCUAGAGCUGGAUCACAAAAAUGCUCAGGCACAGCAGGAGUUCAAGAAUGCUAAUGCAGUCAUAGAAUAUGAGAAAAUAGCAGAAACGGAUUUUGAGAAGCGGGAUUUUCGGAAGGUUGUUUUCUGCAUGGACCGUGCCCUAGAAUUUGCCCCUGCCUGCCAUCGCUUCAAAAUCCUCAAAGCAGAAUGUUUAGCAAUGCUGGGUCGUUAUCCAGAAGCACAGUCUGUGGCCAGUGACAUUUUACGAAUGGAUUCCACCAAUGCAGAUGCUCUGUAUGUACGAGGUCUUUGCCUUUAUUAUGAAGAUUGUAUUGAGAAGGCGGUUCAGUUUUUUGUACAGGCUCUCAGGAUGGCUCCUGACCACGAGAAGGCCUGCGUUGCUUGCAGAAAUGCCAAAGCACUUAAAGCAAAGAAAGAAGAUGGGAAUAAAGCAUUUAAGGAAGGAAAUUACAAGCUAGCAUAUGAACUGUACACAGAAGCCCUGAGGAUAGACCCCAACAAUAUAAAAACAAAUGCUAAACUCUACUGUAAUCGGGGUACGGUUAAUUCCAAGCUUAGGAAACUAGAUGAUGCAAUAGAAGACUGCACAAAUGCAGUGAAGCUUGAUGACACUUACAUAAAAGCCUACUUGAGAAGAGCUCAGUGUUACAUGGACACAGAACAGUAUGAAGAAGCAGUACGGGACUAUGAAAAAGUGUAUCAGACGGAGAAAACAAAAGAACACAAACAGCUCCUAAAAAAUGCACAGAUGGAACUGAAGAAGAGUAAGAGGAAAGAUUACUACAAGAUUCUUGGAGUAGACAAGAAUGCCUCUGAGGACGAGAUCAAGAAAGCUUAUCGGAAACGGGCCUUGAUGCACCAUCCAGAUCGGCACAGUGGAGCUAGUGCUGAAGUUCAGAAGGAAGAGGAGAAAAAGUUCAAAGAAGUCGGAGAAGCUUUUACCAUUCUCUCUGACCCCAAGAAAAAGACUCGCUAUGACAGUGGACAGGACCUGGAUGAAGAGGGCAUGAACAUGGGUGAUUUUGAUGCAAACAAUAUCUUCAAAGCAUUCUUUGGCGGUCCUGGGGGCUUCAGCUUUGAAGCAUCUGGUCCAGGGAAUUUCUUUUUUCAAUUUGGCUAAUGAAAGGAAACCAUCCAGAACCCAGAAAAUGCAGACUUGCUCAGUUUAACCUCGAAUGUGGACACAAUUCACCUCCUCCCAUCAUCAUGUCUCCACAUACUUAGAGCAGUUUCAUUUUCUCAGUUGGAUACCCUGUGUCUGUGUGAGUGGGGUGAAGGAAAGGGAGCCAGCGCUGAAGACUGCGGGUAGGGGAGGGAGGCAGCGGGUGGACGGGCAGCUUGUGAAUUCUUGUUUUACUGUUUAACUUUAUUAAAAAAGAAAAAAAAUUAAGAGAAUAAAAUGUUUUGACCCUUUCUGGCA